UCCUACUGAAUAGCUCUUAAUCUUCUUCCCUUUAUGCGAUUUCAAAUGACCGGUAUUGAAAUCAGCCUCCUCCAUUUUGAAAAGGAUGACAGGGGAAGUGUCACUCGUGAUGUCACGAGUUUGACCAGGCGGUAAUACUAAGCAUGCUCUAAUUAUUUUGGGAAGCGAGUUUGACCCGGUAGUAAUUCAAGGCAGGCGCAUACUAUAUGCCCUGCGGUAAUUCAAAGAAAUACGGUAAUUAUAAAUAAGAAUAUAGUGUGGCGGACACUAGGACCUGUUGUAGUUCCCAGGUGGGGGCGUGGUUUUGGUGCAUCUCCCUGGUGGCGCCAGAGACUACAUGGCAAUGCAAGAAUAAUUUUAUUCCGGCGUAGCAGCGCUUAGAAUGUGUUUCGACCCCAGAAUGCAGGGACGGCAGGCAAAGUGCAGAUAAAAAGUAUUUAAUAACAAAAUAAAGAGUGCUGUAGAGAUAACAAUGAUCCAGAGGCUUCCUGAUUGGCAAUCAGAGACCGUUGUGUCGCGAUUGCCAACAGGUGAGGGAGCCAGGCAUCAAAGUAAAAGUGUAGUAGAGGCAAACCGGAAGUAGAACUGCAAAUAACAGCGCUGGAGAGGAAACAAUACAAAACACAGGAACGUAAAGAAACCAAGAGCUGUUAUAUUGCCACACUGGUGACCCCGUUGAACGCGCUCCCGCAAGCGGACGCCGGCGCCGCGACAGCGACGAUUGUGGCCGACAUGCUCCGACGACCCGGCUUCGUGGUUCUUUCAGUCCGAAGGGCUGUUCCGCGUGGGAGGUACAGCCCACGACGACACCAAGCACUACCAAGUCAUCGUCGUGAAGUUGAAGACCCUCUCAAAGAACUGCUGCUCAGAAGGUACGGUCUCUGAAGUCUGGAUUACGCUAUUCUUGUCGGCCAAAACGAAAAAGGAAAACGGCAAAACAAAUGCCACCUUUCUACUUAGCUACGAGUUAUUUCUUGAAAUCAAUAGUGUUUUUCACCUUUGCCACUCGCAACUUUAUUUGGCCCCGCGGUGAGACUUUGUUUAGGUACUCCAUUCCGGCAAAUGGACUAGUUUGUGACUAACUGUUUGGCCGUACUAUAACCGACUUAUGCAUAACUACUGUGUUUUGAUCCUAAGUUUUGCAUAAUAGGAUAAUAAUUGUCGCACUCACUGGUUGUCAGGACUGCUGUUGGAUGUCUGAGGCUGUAAGCAGGGGGCGGAGCCAGCAUCUGGCAUGAAAUUGAGCCUCUUAAGUGUCAGUCAGUUUGAAGAAGAUGGCGAUGAAGGCGUUCUGUUUUCUCCUGCUAUCAAUCAUCUCCGGUGGCUCCACUGAAGGUGGGGUAGCCACGCCCCCUGUCAAUCACCUGCUCUUCCUUCCAGACAUGUCUCCACCAUCCAUUCAUCUCAACUCUCAAUCGCUACUGAACGGGUCUGAGGUGGUCUUGAACGCCAGCUCCGCCUUCAGCCUCAGUUGUCAGGGCAACGCUUCGGUCCAGUGGUCCACCACUGCGUUUCGUUCGCCGCCCGCCCAGGAUGGCGUCCUGGAAGUCCGACACACCGGAACGUACCGCUGUUCCUACGUCAACCAGAGUCUGGAGCAUUUGCACACUCAAAUCCACCUGUACGUCAAAGACCCGUCCAUCAUCUUUGUCACGCCUCGUGGGAUGACCCCCACCGUCAAAGAGGGCCAAGACUUCCUGGUCAGGUGUCUGCUGACAGACCCGUCCGUCACAAACCUCACCCUCCAAUCAGAGGACCAACAACUCCCCAAUGGCAUGAACGUGACCUUUGACCCCCACAGAGGAGCUCUCAUCCAUAAGGUCCAGAAAAACUUCAACGGACGUUACUUCUGCUCGGGAUCCAAACUUGGGAGACACUUCAGAUCCAAAAGUUUCAACCUGCUGGUGGCACCAAGACAUCGUCAUCCUCCUCAGGCGUCUGUCAAACAGAGUGAAUUUUUCCGCCUGGAAGGAGAAACCUUCGAGGUCACCUGUGUGACAAGUAACCCCUCCCACUUCUACACUGUCACCUGGACACACCCCCAUGAGCAGGCUCCAAACAUCACGGUGACUCGUCACUACAGCAGCCACCUGCAGAUGAACAGCACUCUGAGCGUUGUCGACGUGACUCGGAACGACAGCGGACGUUACGUGUGCACGGCUCGCAACGAGGCCGGCGAGGCGACGGCAGCUGCGACGCUAAGCGUCCUCGACGCUGCCUUCCUGAAGGCGUUCCUACAGCGGCGUGCUCAUGUUCCAGGCAACGCGAACGUGAGCAGCGGCUGGGCGGAGCUCAGCGGAGAACUGCCAGCUAACGCGACGGACGACUGGGAACUACUCGCUAACGUUAGCGCUGACAAAGAGGGCGCUGAUGUGGUCGGCGGCAGCGUGGUUUACGUGCAAGAAGGCGGAGACGUGGCAUUGACGGUCGCCGUGGAAGCGUAUCCGCCAAUCAGGAGCCUGGACUGGAUGAUGCCGACACACACCAAGACAACGCAGAGCUACACGGCUAACAGUUACAGGUCGCUAACGAGCCUGCGGCUGCGUCGCGUUCGCUACGAGGAAGAAGGUCGUUACGCUCUCCGAUUCGCUAAUUGGUUCUUCAACGGCUCCCUGACCUUUGACCUGCGAGUUCUCCGCGCGCCGCGCAGCCGCAUCACAGUGGACAACGACACGCUGACCUGCAGCAGCUCGGGCUUCCCCCUUCCCACAAUGCUUUGGGUCACCUGCGGCGGCCUCGUCCACACGUGCGGCAACGUUUCCGGGGAUCGGGUUGAGGACGUGGCAACACAGGAAGGGGAGGAGCUUAAGAAGCACAUGCCCCUCCCUCAGUCGCCAGCCGAUGACGUCACCAUCGAGUGUGUCUCCUUUAACAGCAUGGGACUCUCGCGGGACGUCUUCAUGCUUCGAAGUCAGAGUUUCUUCAAGCAGCCUCGUUUCAUCGCCUUGAGUGGCUCCGUUGUGGUGCUUUUGCUGUUCUUGUUGUUUGUCAUUCUACGGAUGAAAAUGAAACCAAAAUACGAAAUCCGCUGGAAGAUCAUCGAGAGCUGCGACGGCAACAACUACACCUUCGUCGACCCCAACCAGCUGCCCUACAACCUCAAGUGGGAGUUUCCCCGAGAUAAGCUCCGCCUCGGUGCUGUUUUAGGCUCGGGGGCCUUCGGAAAGGUGGUGGAGGCCACAGCGUACGGCCUCAGUACCGAGGAGGACGUGACCCGUGUGGCCGUCAAGAUGCUCAAACCGAGCGCUCACUCGGAGGAGCGGGAGGCUCUCAUGUGCGAGCUGAAGAUUCUCAGCUAUCUCGGUUACCAUGACAACAUCGUCAACCUGCUGGGAGCCUGCACUCAAGGAGGCCCCAUGCUGAUGAUCACGGAGUACUGUAGCCAUGGCGACCUGCUCAAUUUCCUGCGUGUGCACACCCAAGACUUCAUGGCGACCAUCUUGAACACCAAAUACUCCAAUGUGAUGGGUCAGGACGGCAGGCUCAGGAGUGACAGCGGGAUCUCAUGUUGUUCCGAGUAUCAGGAAAUGAAACCAAUGCGUUCACCCUCAGGUGCGCACGAGGAGCGUUUGUCUGUCAACGAACUUAUGACGUUUUCGUACCAGGUGGCUCAGGGUUUGGACUUCCUGUCAUCAAGAAAUUGUAUCCACAGAGACGUUGCAGCGAGGAAUGUCCUACUAACAGACCGCCAUUUUGCCAAAAUCUGCGACUUUGGCUUGGCAAGAGACAUUCGCAAUGAUGACAGCUACAUUGUCCAGGGCAACGCGCGUCUUCCGGUCAAGUGGAUGUCUCCGGAGAGCAUCUUUCAGUGUGUUUACACGGUACAGAGUGACGUCUGGUCCUAUGGAGUCCUACUGUGGGAAAUCUUCUCCCUAGGUAAGAGUCCAUACCCCAAUGUUGCUGUGGAUACCAACUUCUACAAGAUGAUCAAAGAUGGAUGUCACAUGGAUCAGCCUGAAUUCGCUCCAGCACAAAUGUACCAGCUGAUGACUCUGUGUUGGAAUCUGGAGCCGACAGACAGACCGACCUUCAAAAUGAUUGGUGAGAUGAUCGAGAAGCUCCUCCCUUCCUGCAACAAGGCAGGUCAGAGUGAACAGCCAACGUACAAGAAUAUCGACGAGUGUGGAGAAGAAGAGGAGUACGAAGAAGAGGAGGUUAGAAAUGGAGAGUCACUGAAGGGGGAGGAGCAAAGUGGCAGCCAGGAAGACGAGGAGGCGAAGAGGAUGAACAUCUAUCAACUUUCAUGAAUCUUUCCACUAAUCGUGUUGUUCUCAUCUCAUCUCAUGCAGUUUUACGGUCUUCCUCCAUACAUGUCCUUCUCAAAUAGUGGGGCACGGUGCGAGGCCAGGUGGGAGCGUGUGUAAUCUCGGGGAAGAUGCUUUUUUUUUUUUUUUUUAGCCGUACCAGAAUAUGCUGAAGCGUAUGUAGUACUUCACUGUAACCACAGUGAGAGACGAGGAAAGACCAUUGUGUUGUUACAAAGUUAUGGCGUAACAGAAAGUAUUGGAGAAGUACUGCUCUAUACUGUAUAAUGCACUGUAGUAUAGUCUAUACACUGUAAAUGUAUCGUAUACAACAGAGGUGUCCAACUUACAGCCCACCUGGCGUCUUCAGACGCCACAAGUUCAUUCAAUAAACAAUGGCGGGAAGCGCUAUAUUAAUAUCAUAUACAAAUAGCCUGGGGUCUGAGUGCUGCCAUUUUGUCACCGUUUGGUGGCCAACGAAAUUAACCUCCACCAUUAAACAAACUUGCAAGGAUGACAGCACUGCAUUUACAUAUAUAACACAAUCCAAACAACCUAGUCGUGGUGCAGAAAGAAAAAAUCGACCAGCACAAAAAGUCAGCAAACAAUAUCACAUAUAACACAAUUGCUCAUUGAACUUUGUGGAUGUUAUUAAAAAAAAAACAUCCAAUUAAAAAAUCUAAAUUACACCAAUUCAUUACAAGGGAUGAUGGGGAAAAAUUAAAAACAUUCUCUCUACACUUAUCCAUGUUUGGCACAUUUUAGCUGAUUGAUAAUAAACUUUAAGGUCAUACUAUUAGUAAACAUUCAUAAUAAUUACUAAGUAUAAAUCCAUUUUAUUGUUAUUAUAUUAAUAUGUAUAUAUUAGGGUUGUACGGUAUACCAGUACUAGUGAAGUACAGCAAUACUAAUCAUAAACAGUACUACACUGCCUCUAAAAAUUACUGGUUCCCCUUUGUCGUGACAUUGCUGGGUUAACGAGCAGAGGAGCAUGUUCGGCAGCGCACAAUCACAGAGUACUUACUAGCAGACACAGUGUGUAGGCAGGAAAGGGAGAAUGGACGUAUUUUGGCCUGAAAACUAAAGAUAAAGCUGAAGCGAUAACACUAAAACGCUGCCCUGCACGAGGUGCUUUAAAACAUGGCUAGCUAGCAAGCGGCUAACGUCCAUCCGCAGUCGGCAGUGUUUUAGCUAUUUCUAAAUCACUAAUCAUCGCCUCUAUUGCAGCAAAUAAAGUACGUUUUCUCACAGGUGAAAAGCUAAACAUGCUUCACUACACACUAUAGGAGGAUACAAUAACUCACCGGCGUCAACGCUAACAAGAUGGCGCUUCACAAUGUAAAAAAAACGCCAUGGGUGGAUUUACACAUGACAUCCACUGCAAUGAUACUGUGAGAAUGAGAUAGAGAUAUUUUUAAGUGUUCUUUUUUUAAUCCAUACUCAUGUUUAAAGCAGCUAGUAUUUUCCCAUGUAGUGUGUCUUCUUGUGACCUUCUUGCUUGUAUCUUAUGUCAACUAGUAAACUAUUGGUUUUGUCUUAAAGGUUCCUGUUUGUCGGCUCACAGAGCUGUUUUAGCCAGUUCCUUAUUUGUUUUGAAGAAAACGCCGUGGUUCUUUCUGGGCGAGCGGGGCUGUUUUUACUCUACAUAAGCUAACACUUUUUGCUUGAAUUUCGACCUCGCUUGCUGAUGCCAUGGUGGGUGUUGUAAGGGCUGGUCUCCUGAAGCUUCAGUAAAAAUUGGUAUUGUA